AUGUCUCAGAGUAUUCUUUUGCAGAACGGCUCAGUCAUAGUCCACGAUGAAAACGAUCGCAUACGCGUUCUCAACAACUGCGAUAUUCUAAUCUCAGAUGGAGUGAUCAAGGAAGUAGGAAAGAAUAUUUCUCAUGCCAAGGUUACUGAGGUUUUAGACUGUGCCAACAAGAUUAUCAGUCCCGGAUUUGUCGACACUCACCAUCAUUUAUGGCAAACACAGCUCAAGGGCUAUGGCUUAAAUAACUGCUGGCUGGACUACUUCUCCGAUGAUCUCCUGCAAUCUUUCAACUACACCCCCGACGACAUUUACUGGGGUCAAGUGGCAGGUUGCUUAGAAGCACUUGAUGCUGGGACAACUUUCGUCCUUGACCACUGCCAUGGAUGUCGCACCCCGGAGCACGCUGAGGCAGCUGUAGCUGCAUUUACUGACUCGGGCAUCCGAGGUGUGUUUGCAUAUGCUGAAACAUUUCUGAACCUCGCCAAGUGGGAUGCCGAGUCCUGUAUUCCCCGAGUUACAUCUGUGUCCGAUACUUAUGUCGAGCACGUAGAGAGCCUGGUUGAGAAAGGUCCAUUCGCCGAUGGACGUGUCACAAUAGGUGUUGCAUUUGACAAUUACCACUUACCUCAACAUGAAGUAGAGAAACUAUUUCACAGAGCCGUCAAGGCUGGGGUCAAGCUCAUUACAUCGCACUGUGGAAACUUUGGACCAUCCACACCUCAAGCUCUGGAAAGAUAUUCGCUCUUCCCUUCACCAGAAAAUGACUAUACCAUCGUCCUUUCUCACGGAAAUUACCUUGACAAAUCAGACUUGGCCAUGCUUUCUCAACGCCAGAUUCCACUUUCUUGCACUCCAGCUACAGAAGCUCAAGGCUCUAUGGGAUGGCCUCUUCUAUUCGAGCCUGGACUAAAUACUUCUUUGGGCGCUGACUGCCACUUUUUGAACUCCUCGAGUCUCAUGCAGGCCGCACGCAACGCCCUACUUUUAUCUCGUCUUCAAAAGACUCUAGAGCUCAAGGGUGAAGGUAAAAAGCCAGUCAAGUUCAACGAGACGACGUAUGAUGUGUUUAACAAAGCAACAAUCCAAGGUGCCAGGGCUGUUGGCAUGCAAGACCAGAUUGGUUCAAUCAAAGUUGGUAAACGGGCAGAUAUCUUAGUCUUUUCCAGAACUUCGUCACUGGCCUUUGGAGCUUCUGCGAGGGAAAAUACGGUGGCAGCUAUUGUUGGGUAUAGCGAGUCUCGUGACAUUGAGGCUGUAUUGGUCGGAGGCAUAUUUCGGAAGAGGUCGGGAAAGCUAGUCCCCAUUUCGAGAAAUGGGGAAACAAUAGGACUUGAUUCUAUUAUGUCGGAACUACAUCGGAGUAGUGAGGCAAUUAGGAAAAGGCGGGAAGGUUGCAAUCUGGAGCUGUCAAGAGACUUGGUUCUCAAGAUCGCAACUCCGAGGUAG